CGUAGGGCGUUUUACUACAACCGCAGCACCACCACCUGCGCGAACGCGAUCGUGAUCCGCACACGCCGCGCGCAGGAUGUCGCGGCAGCAGAUAGGUGGCGGUGGCAGCGCCACGCCGAUGUGCGCCGCGGGCUGCGGUUUCUUUGGGAGCCCGGCGACCCUCGGCAUGUGCUCCGUCUGCUACAAGAAGCACUGCUGCACCAUUACGGACGGUCCAGGCGCCUCCUACGCCGCAACGGCGAUCGAUCCCGUCGUCACCCGAUCCACCGCUACCGCGGUGACCCCCGGGCCCGGCGCCGCCGCGGCUAAGCCAACGGUGGUGGCCGCGCGCACGCCCGCCGCGAGCGUCUGUUUGUUGGCUCCUGCUGCUAAAGGCGCCGUAGCGGAGGCCGCCGCCGUGUCGCCGCCCCACGCUCCCGAGGCGGCGGCGAAGAAGAAGAAGGCGCCGCCACCGGGCCGGUGCGCGGCGUGCUGCAAGAAGGUGGGGCUCACGGGGUUCGUGUGCCGAUGCGGGAACACGUUCUGCGGGAGCCACCGGUACGCGGAGGAGCACGGCUGCAGCUUCGACUUCAAGGGCGCCAGCCGUGACGCCAUCGCCCGCGCCAACCCGGUCAUCAAGGCGGAGAAGCUGACCGGCAAGAUCUGAUCACCGGCUCAGCGAACACGUAAUACGCAUCUUCCUUCACGGAGUUCUUCGUCGUAGUCGUAGGUUUUGUAGCCAGGUCGUCGUCGUUGUGGCUUCUGCAUCUCUGUCUCUGUAAUGGAUCAGAUGGAUGUCCAUGUGUAGGCUAGCCUCAUGCAUUCUGUUCAGAAUUCAGAUCAUCAGAUGUCAUCCGUGCAACCUAUUUGAUCGUCGUCAUCGAGAACAUGAGUAAUGCAUAUGAUUUUUUUUUGCGAAGAAAUGCAUAUGAAUUUGUUAUUA